AUGUCUCUCCAACAAGCCCUCUCAAGAAGCUGGUUCGGUUUCGACUUGGAUGACACACUGCACGAAUUCCGACGUGCCUCGGCCAACGCCUCAACCCACGUCUUCGAGGCAAUCCACUCCUCGAACAGUCAGAUCAGCAUCGAUACCCUCAGAACCACCUAUCAAGGCAUACUGCGCAACACAACCGCAAACGCCUUCACAGAUGGAAGAACUUCAACGGAGUAUCGACGCGAACGAUUCGGGCGUCUUCUCCAGGUACACGGGCUUACGGGCCUCAAUCACUUUCUAGGGCCUGGAAAUCCCCUACUUGAUCGUCUGCUGGAUCUAUAUCGCGAUUCUCUACGCGAAAGUCUAACCCUCAAACCUGGUGUUUUGCAUCUUUUACAGACUCUGCGACGGUUGGGGAAGAAGGUCAUUGUCAUUACUGAGGGACCAGCGGAUGCACAAGUAUGGGCGGUGCAGGAGCUGGGCAUACGGCGGUAUAUUGAUGUGCUUGUGACGACGAAUGAAGUUGGUAGAUCUAAAGUGGAUGGGUUGUUUGGUGUUGUUCUGGACAGGUAUGGGAUAUACUCUGAUGACAUUGUUUAUUUCGGUGAUAAUGAGGUUCGUGAUGUUCAAGCUGCACGGGAGGAAGGGAUUUUGGCAGUGCACUAUGAUGAAAAACAGGGAUCUCGGUUGGAUGAUAUCAAUGCAUUACGUGUGAAUUCGUGGGAUGUGGUAGAAAAGGUACUCGUCCGUGGAGAGUAA